UUGGGAGGGAUUGUGGCCGAACCGAUGACGUGGCGACAAUAAAUCCCAAGAGUGCAUCGACACAAGGAAACAGCAGGCACCUUCCUUGGCGGCUUGGAUCCUUUUGCUCUGCAACCGUCGGGUACCGCCCCUCUCGAAUACAUUCUCGCACUGCUGCUGCAACGCUGCAACUCUUGAAGCACACGCACUUGUUUCCAACAGUUGGGGGUCGAGUCUUUGAUCUUCUUGCUGUUCUGCUGCUGUGUUGGAAGGACGUAUUCAUCGAGAGCUAGCUGGCUUACUUCUCGCCAUUUUAAAAUUCGGAGCUGGUGCGUCUGGGGCUUCGUCACUGCUGUUGCUUCCCUUCCAGGUGGUAGUGUACCAGUAGCCAAUAGAAGAGAGUGUACCACGAGGCAAGAGGCGUUUAUUCUAGUGCUCUGGUCAUCCUUUUCACUGGUAGCAGACUGCUUUUGUGUGGAUUAACUCGGUAUACCUUUGGUUUCGUGUCGAGGUAAAGGAGGCGUCAUUACGUUGCUGCCAGGAGAAUCGAAUCUACUUGAGAACUUCUGAUACCAACAGGUGCCGCGUCAAACGAAUUAUCUCGCUGAAUUGGUCCUUGUCCUGAUCACGGACAACUGGGGUAGCCUUUAGCCCCCAACAACCAAGCUAGACAGCAAGCUAGCUGCUGCACUAGCUAGCUAGGAUUCCAUUCCAACCUUAGCUCAUUACAUUCAGUUUUUAAAGAACAACGACAACAUGGCGCUGGGAAUGACCAAAGAUUCCAUGGUGGACCUCCAGAGUCUGGUUCAAGAAAAAGAGAUUCAAGCCAGCAAUGGAGCUGAUACCGUCAGUCUGCUGACCACAGGUCUAUCUCAUGGGUCUCAAAAACAGUACCAAAAGCUAGCCGUCGAUACAACUACCACAGCUGCAGAAGAUAAGGACUACGAAGAGAUUCAGCCCUCGUUGGCAACGGAGCAAGCCCUUCGUAGUAAUAGCAUCAAAGCCAAGAAAGACGGAGCAGGAGAAACGAGCAGUCCCAAACAGCUGACAUCGCCACAAGGUGCACUCUCCGAGGGAGGAUUAUUCAUUGAUGCACAAGAAGAGAAAAAGCAAGAAGCCGCUUCCUACGGCCAAUAUUCUGGAUUCGCCAAUGAUUACGAUUCCUACGACUACGAUAGCUACGGUCACUUCCAAUAUCAUCAAUCCCCGCAAACACUUCUUGGGGGUAGUAGCAACAAAUCCAAAGGGUUUCUUUGUUGUUUGUUUCCUUGGCUUCAACAACCAGCACAACAACAACAACCAACGGACCAGGAAGAGGCUCCCGUGCAGGAGGAUUUCGUCGAAACAAAGAAAGAACAGGCCAAGGCAGCACCAAUGCGGAAACCCAGCUCGGGAGAUGACGACGACGUGUCGACAGGUGACGUCUCGGUGGGAAGCGACAAGCUUGGCGAACGACUGUCCGACAGGGACCGACAAGCUGUCUUGGCCAGGCUUCGAUUGGCGCAACCGGAUGGAGGCUCGUCGGAAUCGGCAGGGGGGUCCUUGUCACCUGGGUCUUCCAACAAAGAAAAGAUUCCAAACAAGGGGCUGUUGAAAGACAUUCCCAACAUUAGCGCACCUGCUAGCACCGACGAGGAUGCCAGGUCGGAUAUUUCCACUGACACUGGUACCAAGAGCAUUUUGAAACGUCAGUCGGUGGUGACGAAAACUCCCGAAUCGCAGUCGGAUAGCCGUAGUGGUGGUGGCAAACCGCGAAGGUCCCUAUUUCCAACAUACGAAACAACCAAGAAAAAGAAGAACAGAGAUGAUCACAUCCAAUUUGCUCCCAUGGCCCGAGUUGUAACGGUCAAAUCUCAAAAGGACAUGACAGCGGAAGAAAAGUCGUCCAUAUGGUGGCAACGAUGGGACUAUGAAGAUUUCCGAAAGACGGGACGUAUCAUCACUCGGGCCAUGUUGGAGGGAGGAAGUGAAAUCUGGUUGGCAUCCAACCAAUCGUGGCGGCAUCAGGGAAUGAGCAAAACGGCAACCCUCAAAAAUGCGAUAUCCAUGACGGAGGACAACGCGGCAAAAGCCCAGAAUGGUAGCGAUUCUUCCGAUCUCAUUCGAUCGACUGGGGACAAGUGGUGGCACAAAUUCGGACACUCCCGUCGUGGCCUUGAACACAUUGCAUCGAUUAAGGAAGGAUCGGAACGACAGGCCAACGUGAAACAUGCUAUUCGCGCGGUCUUGGACGAACAGAAACGGCAUAAGGCUUACUUGAGAGAAGAUCCAGAAAAGCUGCGAAUGGUUUCGAUUCAUCAUACAUCAUGGGCACGCGAUUUGGCACUGGCGGCGGGAUCUUCCGAUAUGGAUGCUGUGAAGAGCAACUUUGACGAAGAACGCAAGUCUCGCGAGUUCUACCUGCUCAAAAUGGCUCGAUCGAAUUCUAUUUCCAGCAAGGGCAAGCAUGUUCCAAAAUUCAUGCAGCCAGCCAUGAAUACAUUCGCGCAGAAACUGGAUGCCAACACCAGCGCCCAAAUCAUGUACCGUCGCAAGCAGCAACGGACACAGCAACAACGGAUACAACAACAAACGGCGGCACCAGCGGUGUCCAAACCUUCGAAGCGUGCAUCCAUGCCACCACUGGCAGCGAAUGGAUCGAAGGGGCUAAUUCUUGACCCACCGGAGGACAAGGAUGCUAAGCAGGAUGCCCUUAGCACUCAGAACUUGGCAAAGCGAGCGGCUGGAUUUUCGCAUGACGGUGCAGAGCAGGUGAACAUGGCGGCUGUUUUGAGUGGGAUGGGCGCCGUCCCGAAGAGUGCUCAACCCGUUGGAGCGUAACCAAAUGAUAGACGAACGCAUCCGUAGCACACGCACACACUACUACUCUAGAUAAGGCAAUUGUAAACUGAUGAGUUUUUGUACAUGG